AUGGAGAGUAGUUCAGAUCAACAACAGAUGCGGAAUCAAACUCCGAUGAUUACCAUCACACCAGACGGUUCUCAUCAUGGUGAGAAGACGGUUCUCAUCAUCCCGGAUUCACCAUCAUCAGUUGAUAAGCCUUCUACAUCGACGUCAUUUUCUCUUAGUAAGGUUUUUUUCUCUUCAUCAAGUAAAGCCGCACAUUCUUUACCGGCUACACCAAUUGCAAAGUCAGAAUCUGUACAGGAACCACCUCUUGCUGUUCAAUCUGAUAUUUCUAAAUCAGAAGUUCGGCAGCAUAUGACACGCUCGUUGUCAGUUCCGGUGAAUACUAAAGUGAGAAGUUUAAGGCGGACUGAAUCUGGUGGAGGUUUAAUUCGUGUAAUUUCUAUGACUCCUCGUUCUGCGGCUGCUGAUAAGACAUCAGUGAAUGAUGACUCAGCAACUGAAACUGCUUGUGAAGAUGCAGGUGAAGAUAUUUCUGAAGAAGAAGCAGUUUGCAGAAUUUGUUUUGUUGAGCUUGGGGAAGGAGGUGACAUGUUUAAGAUGGAGUGUAGCUGUAAAGGGGAGCUUGCACUUGCUCACAAAGAUUGUGUAGUGAAGUGGUUUAGCAUCAAGGGAAACAAGACAUGUGAUGUCUGCAAGCAGGAUGUCCAGAACCUACCAGUGACAUUAUUAAAAAUACAAAAUCCUCAAAAUGUUGUCAGGCGGCCAUCAUCUGUUAUUCAGCAGAGAGAAGUCACUCGUUACAGGGUCUGGCAGGACAUACCAGUUCUUGUCUUGGUCAGCAUGCUUGCGUAUUUCUGCUUUCUGGAGCAGCUUCUGGUAUCUCAGCUGGGCCCUCGUGCUCUUGCCAUCUCACUACCUUUCUCCUGUGUUUUAGGUCUCCUUUCUUCAAUGAUAGCUUCAACCAUGGUGAGCAGGACUUACAUAUGGGCUUAUGCUCCUUCCACAUUUGCAAUUGUGAUCCUCAUGAUUUCAAUGCUUGCUCAAUGUUCUGAAAUUAAUGUUUUUGAGGGUGAGGGGAUGGGGGGUGGAAUUGGUUUCUCACAUGUUGUUAAAAUGCGCUUGCCAAGACGAGUUUUGAUUGGGUAUGUUUAUAAAGUUCUAAUAGAAAGUGGAGGAGACUGA